AUGGAAAGUCGAAAAAAGUGGUUGGUCUUUAAGAAUUCUGAUGUCUGGGUUUGUGUGUACAGUGUUUUUGCGAGGCAAGAAACAAGGUCAGCAGGGGUGGUGGCUGAGCAAGAGAGGAGUGAAGGAGAUAAGUUUUGGUUGAGCGUCCCUCCAAGAAGUGCUCCAACGAGUCCUUUGGGCAGUCCCAGCAACAAAAACGAUGAUGAUUUGGUUCCAUACUAUUACGUCUCACCCAAAGGAAACCAGUUCUGGUCUGCACCAGAGAUGCCCACAUUUGACUCUUCCCACCCACCUCCUGCCUUCUUUGAUUUAUCCGCAUUACACACCGAUAACAUUCCUUCUCCCCACCAAAGCCCAACUAGGCUUUCUUCCUUAUCCAUUCCUCCCAAGUUAUCCCUUGACACCUCUAUAGCACGUCGUGAAACCACUGCUCCUCUCGCUGUUCACCCCUUACCCUUGCCUCCUUGGGCUGGGCCUGGGCCCCCCUUGCUUUCACCAUCUUCUACCUUUUCCCCACCUGUGGCUAAGACUGAAUCCUUGCCCAUGAAAAACCAGUGGCAAAAAGGAAAACUUCUUGGUCGUGGUACUUUUGGAACUGUUUAUGUUGCCACCAACAGAAAAACUGGAGCAUUGUGUGCAAUGAAGGAAGCAGAAAUAUUUUCUGAUGAUCCAAAGUCUGCAGAGUGCAUAAAGCAGUUAGAGCAGGAAAUUAAAGUUCUUAGCCAUCUGCAACAUCCAAACAUCGUGCAGUAUUAUGGUAGCGAAAUAGUAGAAGACAGGUUUUAUAUUUAUUUGGAAUAUGUCCAUCCCGGUUCAAUGAAUAAAUACGUUCGUGAACAUUGUGGUGCAAUAACAGAAUGUGUUGUUCGGAAUUUCACGCGCCACAUUCUUUCGGGCUUGGCUUACUUGCAUAGCAAAAAAACAAUUCAUAGGGACAUCAAAGGAGCUAACUUGCUUGUUGAUUCUGCUGGUGUUGUUAAGCUUGCUGACUUUGGGAUGGCCAAGCACCUAACUGGACAUGUUGCAGAUCUUUCUUUAAAGGGAAGUCCAUAUUGGAUGGCUCCAGAGCUUUUUCAAGCGGGUGUGCAAAAAGAUAACAGCUCUGACCUAGCUUUUGCUGUUGAUAUUUGGAGUUUGGGUUGUACAAUUAUUGAAAUGUUCACCGGGAAGCCUCCUUGGAGUGAGUACGAAGGAGCCGCAGCUAUGUUUAAGGUAAUGAAGGAUACUCCUCCUAUUCCAGAAACAUUGUCGGCAGAGGGUAAAGAUUUCCUGAGACUUUGCUUUAUAAGAAAUCCAGCAGAGCGACCAACUGCUUCAAUGUUACUACAACAUCGAUUUCUGAAAAACUUGCAACAACCAGAUGUUUCAUCUUCCAUGCAGCUGUAUAAUGGAACAUCCUUGAUGGAUAUCCAUAGUCCCAAAGAGUUGUCUGAAAAUAAACUUGAUCAAAUUUCUAUUCCCAGUGCACAUAUUGCUAAAGGAAAAUUAGCCACUGAGAGGUUCUUUCCCGGGAUCAGCAUUGAUGCCCCUGCAAGUGACAAGCUUGUUCACUGUGGAGUUUACAGCAUGAGGAUAUAG